AUGACCAAGGGGGCCGGCCCAAAGCUGGAGGACCUCUUCGGAGUCACCGAGCGAGGAGGUGAUCGAGGCCUGGCCUUCAGCACGGAGGAUCCGAUGAUUUGGAAAGAGUUCUGGCACGAUGACUGGGUGGAGAGCGAUCUCCAUAUCGGCUGUGACAUGGGGGACGGAACCUUCAGUCCCGACAAGGAGAGCAUGCCGCACCACAUCAAGGUGCGCUCGCUCCCUCGCCGAGCGCUCGCGGCCUCCAGUGCCUCUGGUGCCUCCCCAGGCACACCAGGGAUGCCAGGGCCACCAGGGAUGCCAGGGACACCGCUGCCGGCCCCCGGGACGCCCAUCCCGAUGACGAUGGGGACUGUCGCGCAAAGCGCGGAAACCGCGUUGGUGCAAGCCACCGUCCAUCGAAACCCCCAGGAGGCCAAGGCUGCUCGGCUUGAGCUCCUGCGAGCAUUUGAGGAGAGCCUGCCGACACAAGAUGAGGUGUACGAGCGAGAGGUAUCAAAGAUGCUGUUGCCAGAGCACCUGCGCCCCAAGCCUGAAGUGGCCUGGGUCCCGGUCUACGACGCGCCCAGCUUCGUGGCAGCACCUGCGGACCGGUACCGGGAGAGACCAGGAGCCAGCGCAUGGGAUGCAGGCAAGGGCAAGGGUACUGGCAAGGGCACCGUGGAGGAGGAGGAGGAAAUGCCACCUUGGCCUGACGUGAAAGAGGUUCUGGGCGUGAAGGAGGAAGCACCGCCAGAGGAGGAAGAGGCAGAGGAGGAGGAGGAGAACAGGAAGGGGAAGAAGAAGAAGAAGGAGAAGGGCGAGGGGAAGGAGAAGAAGGAGAAAAAGGAGAAGAAGAACAAGAAGGAGAAAAAGGAGAAAAAGGAGAAAGGAGCCAAGGAGAAGGAGUCUAAGAAGUCAGAGCCAAAGGAGCUCAAGGAGCCAAAGGAGCGGAAGCCGAAGGCGAAGGCUGAGGCAAAGGAGAAGCCCAAGGCCAAACCCAAGGCGAGCCGCAAUAAGAGACGCAAAGGCGAACUGCCUGAAGAUUCAGAUUGA